GUGCGAUCAAAACAGUUAGGCUUAGCACAUUGAAAUUGGUGUAUUUUUGAUUUGUUUCUGGAUUGAGUUAUAACUAUUUCAACUUACAACAGCUUUUAAUUUCUUGGUAUAAUUGAAUAUGUAAGGAUUGAAAGAAAGAUUUCAGGUAGUUGGUUGUACUUCAUCUUAAGGUGGAUAACAGAAAGAUAAACAACAAUCAUGGAAUAUUCAAACGAGACUACAAAUAUAACAUUUGUGUACGUCAAUUCAAAUACUAGCAAUGUUACUUUACCAGUAGACAAUAACAGGACGUCAUGUGGAACUGUGCAUGAUAUUGAAUUAAACAAGUCUGUCCGUCUUGCAAUUCUCUAUUUGACUAUGAUAUUUGGCGUCUUAGGCUGUGCGCUGGUUAUGUUCUGGAUGACUUGUAAUAGGAAAGUAUCCCGUGGGUUCAAUCAUUUGUCUAGAGUAAAUUCGUUCAUACUGAAUUUAACGUUUGCUGAUAUUCUGGUGAUUUUAAUUGCUGUGUUUCCUCAAUUGAUAUGGGAAUAUGUUGACAGAGAGUGGUUGGCGGGGCCUGUCAUGUGCAGAUUGGUGAAAUUCUUGCAGAGUUUCUCGAUGAUGUCAAGCAACUAUAUCCUUGUAGUGAUUGCUAUAGACAGACACCAGGCAAUACGUGCUCCACUGAAGGAGUCUAUGCCAGUAUGGAAGAUGGCGGGUCUUGGCUGGUUACUUGCAGCACUAUGCUCUUUACCGAUGUUUGGCGUUUUCCAUCUUACGGAAAGAAACGGAACAUUUCAAUGUGAGAAUAUUUUCCGACACAAACCAAUUAUUCACAGACAAAUAUGGAUAGCAUAUAUAUGCUUUUCUGUUUUCUUUAUACCACUUCUUAUACUCACAAUAUGUUACAUAAGAAUAUUCUGGAAAGUUGCACAGAAGGCAAACGAGAACAAGAAUAAGACAAAGACUCUUAGAUUCAAAUGUCAAACUGCAAAAGUGAAGAUACAAUUACAAAGUACAAAAUCAACGUCAUUACCAAGAGCCAAAAUAAAGACUUUAAAACUCACUUUUGUAAUAAUUAUGACAUUCGUCGUCUGCAGUUUGCCUUAUUUUGUUAUGGAAAUGAUAAUGUCGUUUGGUAACCAUUGUAUAAUAUCAAAAGCGGUUUAUGGUCUAUUUGGGGGAAUGGCGGCUUGUAACUCUGCCGCUAAUCCAUUCAUAUUCCUAGGAUUUAAUGUGACUGUUUCCUGGCUGAAAGAGGUAAGAAUUCGUAUAGCGGCUGCCAGGAAACGGAAACCGAGAUUUGUGUAUUCUGCCACGUCGAGUAUGGACUCUCACCCGUCUUUGAGACAAUUUGGUCAAGCACAAACUUCGCACACGUUUUCGCAAUUAAUUUGAAAUGGCUACUUGUAACGAACUGACAACAAAUACUUUAUUCCACUUCUAAUGAGUCAGCAAAAAUGUCUUGCAGAAUUAUGCGUAUUUAGGUAAACAAACAAAAAUGUUAUUUAUACGCCAUAAACAACUUUUUAGUCAAAAGAUAUCACGAAUUGGUAAUCUUAUAAUUUCCGUCUAAAGUCUGUAACUUAUGUCUUUAUAACACCUGCUGUUUCCUUAGUUAUAAUCUAUUCGUUUCAUUUUCAAUUCAAUAUUUGAUAUUACAUAUCAAUACGUUUUUGUCCUUAAACUAUUCUUAAAGCGGCCUUAAGCUUUUAUUAUAAUUGUUUGUUUGAAAAAAAAAUACUGUGCUGUUUCAAUAAUUAUAUCUUCGGAAAGAGCAUCAUAUCCAUGUUAAGAGUUAUUUAUAGCACGCCAAGGACAUCCGUUUCUAAAAAUAGAAGAUUGGGAAACGAAUUGACCGAUUUUCUUAUUUACUUAUAGAGAGUGGACCGGUAGAUUAGAGGUAUCGAGUGGUCUCUUUAUUGUGCAUGUAUUUUAUUGAGGGCAAAUUUCAUUUUCCGCCUUAAUUCUUUUGAUUUAAGAACUAUAAGAAACGUUUUGUUUAGAACGGUCAAAACUAACAUUUAAAAAAGCUGAAGGCCGCUUUAAAUUAAUCAAUUUUAUAUUUAUCCAUUUACUUCAGCAUUAUCACAGGGUUGUAAUUAGAACGAAUUAUAUUUGAUAUUGCAAAUAUUAUUCUGAUUUUGCAAAUUUAUCGUUUCUUUGAGUAUGAUGUUGUUUAUCUUGAGUAAGUGUCAGAAUAUAGUACUGUUAUAAUAAAAUAACAUUCAUAUUGUACAACGUUCAUGUAAGGGCCUUUGUGACCGGCUGAUUACGGUUGACGCCACAGGUCCGCAGAAAGACGCGGCGAAAACCACUCGAAGACGUGUCGAUCUAAUGCGUAAAAUCAUUUCAAAUGAAAAACAAAUACUCUAUUAUACUCGGCGGUAUACCAUAUAAUAAUUAUAGACUUGCGUUUUGUUCAAUAUGUAAUUCGUCUGACCUGAUAAAAAUUAUAUUGACAUCGGACUUUUGCUCUCGGUCAAUAUCACUUUUCUCAGGUUCAAAAACCUAUAUAUAGACCACAACAUAAGUUUAUAAUUAUAUGAUAUAUUAUUCGAUAUGUUAGACAUUUAUUCACAGUAUUCGAUUUCCAAUCUAUGAAAUAUUAGAAAAAGUAACUAGGUUUUGUAUUAUAUGCUCCCCUGUAUUUAUUAAUUUAUUGUUUAAGUUUUGUGUAAUAAUGAGACGCUAUAUUUAUAGAUAUUGUGUUGAAUAAAUGAAUCUUCCAUACUUUAUACUUUACAUCUGGUUAAUAUUAUAAGGAUAUUUUAUACAUUUCUGUGUACAAUACUGAAUUAUGUUGGACGAUAACACAGCUGUCACACUUAUAUUGGACGAGCGCAUAUCGAGUCUGUUUUAGAUAUGGCAGCUGUGUACGAGCCUAAUAGAAUUAAAAUUGUUCUCAGCAAUGUAUAAUGACCUCUUUGUUUCACAUCAUCAUAUUUUAUUUGUCAUUUUGACAACACAUUAUUGCUUAAAGUACAAUAAGCAUUUGUGUCUGGACUUUAAAUUGAGGCUUGAUAACACUACAUUAAUCAUUUGAUAUAGAUAUUUUGGACUCCGCAAAUGAAAACGAGGCUAUAUAGUGUACGAUAAGCAUUUUGUAUAGAUUUUUAAACUCUGGAAAUAGAAACGGAGGCUAAAUUGAUAUGAUUAGAGUUAAUAAUGAUUUCUAUAAGAACAUCACGUGAUACACAAACUGAAGGCUAAUUGGUUUUAUGUUAAAGUGUGUGGAAUAAAUUGUACUGUAUCUUGCAUAGUUUAGAAUCGAAAAUUAAAAGUAUGAUUGUUUAAUUUUCUGAAGAGCAUUUUACUUAUGAUUUAAUGAAAUUGUUCUGUUUGAAAGGAACUUACGGCAAAAAUAUUUUUGAUUAAUAAAAACAGCUCUUUCAUACUGCCUUUUGUAAACCCAUUACUUCAUAAACAUUUUGUGAGAAAAGGCUGUUCUCAUUGAAAAGCCUCUUGUUACUUGUUACAAAUUGCCAUGAAACUAUAAAAAAUGCUUCAAUACUGUUCAAACUUGGCACAAAUGUUGACUGGACCGUUGUAACGGCAUACUCAAACUUAUAUUUCAUGUUACCAUGGCAACGAGGGGACAUCUCAAAAUUGCCAAAAUUCACUAUUUUGCGCUGAUUUUUCGAUCAAAACUGAUUUCAAAGUGCUGCAGCUUCUCAAUAGCAAAGGCUUUUCAGCGUUGGUUACACUAUACCUUAAGGCCGACCUGAGGCCAUUGUAGCCUCUAAAUAGUCCACAAUUUUCAUGGAGAUGAGUGGUUCUGCAGACAUCGUUUAAACCCACAAGCAGAAGGGGGCACAUCCCCCUAUCUAUUUGAUAGGGGGAUGGUGAUAUCACUUUUCUAACACCAUUUCUCAAACGAAAACAUGUAUUUGGGGUCUAAAUAGGGCUUUUAAAACUAUUUGAGACCAUAAAGAGGGCAUACCUCUGUAUGAAGUAAUGGGUUAAUUGAUAUAAAUCGAAUAAGGCGUUUGAGUCAAAACAGUUAAUAAUAUAUGUUACUUCCAAAAAACAACCUAUUUUAAAUAACAGGAAAGAAAUUCUUUGUUAGGGCAUACUAAUUGUAUAUUUUAUAUUUACAUGUUUGUUAAAUGUUUUAAACUUU